CGCUUAUGCCGGGGCUGUCAAUCAGGAGGCGCACGAGCUACUGCAGGUGCAAAGCUGGGCACUGGGUUAGCCGCUGCAGCGAAGCCGAGGGAAGAACACACGUUUCAGGAUGGCGUCUGCAAAUACCACAUAUGGACAGAAGGACUCCUCGGACCAGAACUUUGAUUACAUGUUUAAAAUCCUCAUCAUCGGCAACAGCAGCGUAGGAAAGACUUCCUUCCUUUUUCGCUAUGCAGAUGACUCAUUCACACCAGCCUUCGUGAGCACAGUGGGCAUUGACUUCAAGGUCAAGACCAUCUACAGGAACGACAAGAGGAUAAAGCUGCAGAUCUGGGAUACCGCUGGCCAGGAGCGCUACAGGACGAUCACCACAGCUUACUACAGGGGAGCCAUGGGCUUCAUCCUCAUGUAUGAUAUAACCAACGAGGAGUCCUUCAACGCCGUGCAAGACUGGUCAACCCAGAUCAAGACAUACUCAUGGGACAAUGCUCAGGUGCUCUUGGUGGGGAACAAGUGUGACAUGGACGAUGAACGAGUAGUGGCUGCAGAGAGGGGCAGGCAGCUGGCAGAACAGCUGGGUUUUGAGUACUUUGAGGCGAGCGCCAAAGACAACAUUAACGUGAAGCAGACCUUCGAGCGGCUGGUGGACAUCAUCUGUGAGAGGAUGGCAGAGAGUCUGGACAACAAUGACCCAAAUGUCACCGGAGCUAAACAGGGGCCACAGCUCAAUGAGCAGCCUCAUAGGUCCCAUCAAGAUUGUGCUUGCUAAACACGACUACACACACACAUAAAUACACACACUGUCUGCUGUCCUGAAAUCCACACACCUUAGUUAUUUUUUUCAGUUUGUCUCUUGCUGUCUCUUUCUUUCUCAUAAGGAAAUAAAUCAGAAUGCAAACACUGCCAUUCAGAGUCACAUAACGUGGCUGCUUUAAUUCUCCACCCCUGUCACUACACCAAGAGCUCUAUCCACGAGCCGGCUUUCCCCAAAUAUUUGGUGUUUUCAGAGAUGUCAUCCAAAGGUUUUUGUUCAUUUUGUGUAACACAAGACAUGUGAUAGUGAUAAUUUAGUCAGAGGGGUGAAGAAAGUUCAACAAAGGUAUCAACAAUCCCAAGUUGUCUUUAUUUCAUACUUAUACACAUACAGUACACACACAGACACGCACGCACGCACACAUGCGCACACACUAAAAGGCCAGUGAAGGCUGAGACUCCAUCAUUCCUUAUUGACAAGUCUACAAUUGGGGUUAACUCCAAAAGGCUGUGAAGGAAGGAUAUUUUCCUCCACCUCCAGGUCCUAAUGCCUCAAACCUAAAUGGAUAGAAAUCAAUUGCAGUUGUUUCACUUUUAGAAUAUAUGUUUCUCGCUGUGGAUAGAGUUGAUGGGGUUUUUGGCUGGGUGUGGUUUUGAGCAUGUGAAAUCUCCCGUCGUUCCCAGUGUUGAUUGAGUUUCUACAGGUAGUUAUGAUCCAAGUUUGACAUCCAAACAGGGUCAUUUGAAAGUUUGUCCUACUUUGAAUUUUAGGAAUAAAUGCAAGAAUAGCAAAAGUCAUGCAUAUCAGUUUGCUAGUCAAGUUACAUCGUUAUAGGAGUCAUCUUCAGCCCCUUCCCAGAUUUUUAAACAUUUUUUAAGGAUCUGCAUGGCCCCUAGGGCUGCUAGAUAUUUGAUUUCUAGGUUUUUUUUUUGUUUUGUUUUUGUUUUUUUUACUUUUGUUACUGUUUUUUAAGACAUGACAAAAAAAGGAUAAGUGAUGUCUUUCACCACACAGGGAAGAGUGUAUAAAUGUUUAAAAGCCAAUAGAUGUGCAUUUUUAAAUGCAUAUAUAAUAUAAAUACAUAUAUAAGUAACAUAUUAUACACUCUGAAUGAUUUAGGAUAUUGGAUUCCUACCUGUGCUUUAGUGAGGGGGUGCAUGUUGAUGUUUUUAGCUGAUGAUGGUUGGAUGGUUAUUUGUCUGAGCGGCUGUCUGAAUUAAAAACCCAUCAGUCAUACAGUUUCAGUACCAAACGGAGCUAAAGGUUUAACAUGUUAAGCCCAUGGCCCCUUCUCAUUGUAUUAACUUUCAUUCACUGCAUACAAUGUGCACCAUGCACUCAGUAGAAUGGCAUGUGAUUCAGUGUGAGCACUGGUACACCACAGAGCUGCCAUCUCCAUCAACUUCAGGAUAGUUUCUUAGAGUAUGUCAUUGUAGAUGAUAUUUCUGUCUAUUUUAGGGAAAACAUGAUGUUUUUAAGCAUGUUUAAUGUCAAAUGGUGCGUUUUAUUUCUCUCUCUGAUGCUAAGGUUAGGGAUUUGUCUGCUUGAGUAUACAGUACAAAACGUUCUGUAAAUCAUGCUUUCACAGAUGUGCUGAGGCAUGCGAAAAUAUUUUCCACACCUCAGUUAUUUCAAAAUACAACAUUUGUUUUGUAUUAUUUAUAACUUAAUUUAUUUUUACGAUAGUUUUCUUCCUAGAUUAUGCACUGCAAUCUGCACUUGACUUUUUAAAGAGAUGUUCAGUAGUAUUCAUUGCUUAAACUAUUCCAGCUUUUUAAUGAAAAUGUGUUUGUGUUUACAGUGAGUACAAAGCUUAACAUGCUUCCUCAAGAGGAAAGUUAAACAUUCCAGUGUAAGAGCCUCUUAUCAUGUCCACACAGCUUUAGUGGGAAGUUUGUUUGUCUUUUGUUAUCAGUUAUGUAACUCUUAAGGCUUGGUAGAGUGGAAGCCGACUGUUCUCAUAGAGCAAUAGCAGUUCUUUAUCUCCACACCCAAAUAUCAGCAGCAUACAAUCCUGCAGACGAUUUGUAACACAUGUAUUGUAUGUGGCUGUGUGAAUAUACAGUUUGUAUGAAGGCAGUUGUAAUAUUUGUUCUUUCCAAAGAGGUCUUGACAAUAAAUUUAGAGCCAAAAAAGAGUGCUUGUUACAUACUUGUUAGACUUGUACUGACAAAGUUGUCUGAUAGUGCUUUCCUAUGCUGUGUAGUAAUUUCAAAAUUGUUUUGGGAAGUAAACUGAGUACUCUGAACACUUCAUUAAAAAAGUGAUGGUUCUUACUGCAUCGGUUCACUUUUGACUUGAUUGUUACUUUAUUUAUUGUGUUUUGCUACAGCUGUAAACUUGCCGAUGACGUAGAAACACAUAUCACUCCUGUUCAACUCACUGCCGCCUCUUUCUCCCUCCCUGUCAUAAACCUUUGUAAAUAGGAAUUUUCUGCCCGUCAGGUAUUAGUUGUGUGAAAUGUGCUGUAAUUCUGUGAUACCAGAUUUGCUAAAAUGAGUAAUCAAUAAACAGAUUCUAAAUGCUG